AUGUUAUAUGAUAGCAGGUACCUGCAAGCCUCACCUGACGGCACACCUGUCAGCGGGGUGUCAGACGCCACCUUCGCGGUCACCAAGGUCGCGCCCUACUCCGACACUAGCUCCAGCUCCGACCUCAACACCGCCAUCAUCGUCCUUAUCGUCUUCGCCUGCGUCACGGCUGUGGCCAUCAUUGUGGCAGUAGCCAUCUUGACCUACUGCUGCGUCUGUCGGAAGAAACAGUCUGAAGACAAGCGAGCUUUAUUGGUUGGAAGAGCUACAGUUGUUUCAGACUUCAAUCCUCCAAGAAAACCAGACCCACGACCCACCAUUUCACCCCCUCCCUCACACCAUGACGACUCCAGCUAUGAUUUCUCUGACGCCCAAGAUCUGAGUGACGUCAGUGAUAUGGAAGACACGAACCUGUCAGAAACUAUAUCGCUGACGUCACUGCCCCACCCCACAGAGGACGAGGGGGUCGCUACAACAAGGAACGUCGGUGUUACAGUUAUUGCCAGUGAUAUUCCAGAAACGAAACCGAAAGUAAAACCGGAAGUGGAAUUUAGAACACAACGCACCCACAAAGCGCCAGUCAUCACGCAAUUUGCGGAGUACAUCCCCCCGCAGAUUCCACCCAAACCUCCAGCCAAAGUCAGCUACGCCAAGUACAUCCGGUCUGUGCUCAACCUCCCGGCGGAACCGGAAACUGGUGCCAGAAGAAAGUCGGAGCUGACUGACGUGGAGGAGGUAGAGGACAAAACUAAAGUAGAUGGACAAACUAAGUCUGACUGACAGAUGGACAAACCAAACCUGACUGACAGAUGGACAGACCAAACAUGACUGACAGAUGGACAAACCAAACCUGACUGACAGAUGGACAGACCAAUUAUGACUGAUAGAUGGACAGACCAAACCUGACUGACAGAUGGACGAACAAAACCUGAUUGAUGGAUGGACCAAGCAAGCCUAACUGGACGCUGUUGGAAUACACUAUUAACAUUAAUACAUAUUAUUAUUUAAUACAAAGUUUCCGCAAUACUAAUACUCAUCUUAACAAUUCCUUUGUCAGUGUAUAUUUUUAUUAGUACUAUUUAUAUAGGCAAUACCGUUGCAAUCAGAACUGAUAUUGUUGUUGCUAUUUUAACGACAUUUUCUUAAAUCUAUCUUAAUGAACACAGGAUCAAGCUUAUUUAAAACGAUAUUUUAACUAUUGGGGUGCGAUAACCACUGAGACAAGUAUCGGUUCAACGUGACUUUUAUUUCAUCUAAUCACCAUGACUUUUUUAUUUCUUAUUGGUUUCUUAAUUUUCAUUUAUUAAAAUAAGAUUUUAAAGCACAAAUAGAAACUGUUAUCAAUUAAAGAGUUCAUAGAACUAAUAGUAACCAGAGU